ACUAGGUUAACACAUGUUUGCUGAUCAAAUGAAUGGAUACAACCAUCUUGUUUUUUUCUUUUUUUUUUUUUUGAAAUGGAGUCUUGCUCUGUCAUCCAGGCUGGAGUGCAGUGGUGGGAUCUUGGCUCACUGCAGUCUUCGGCUCCCAGGUUCAAGAGAUUCUCCUGCCUCGGCCUCCUGAGUAGCUGAGAUUACAGGCAUGCACCACCACACCAAGCUAAUUUUUAAUUUUAAUUUUAGUAGAGACAGGGUUUCACCAUGUUGGGCCAGGCUGAUCUCGAACUCCUGACCUCAAGUGAUCUGCCCACCUUGGCCCCCCAAAAUGCUGGGAUUACAGGCGUGAGCCACAGCAAUCUUAAAAAGAGGAGUUAUUGGCCUUAUUUUCGUAUGAGAUCGUGACUUGUGUGAUGGAGCUGGAUUUGAACCUCGACCUGACUUCCUUUCCAGUACUUCUCCACCUCACCUCCUUUUUUACUGCCUUCACCCAUGGACUGUUUCUUGGCUAAUUGUGUUCUCCCUGCCUGGUGAUCCAGGACAGAAUCACUGACAGCGUGGGGCCAAUGUGAAGAAUUCCAGGCUAGGGGAGAAGGAGGUCUGCUUUGAAGUCUAGCCUCUGCAAGGUUAAGUGUGAUCUUGGAGAGUUCACUGUGUUUCUCUGGGCUUCUGAUGUCACAUUGCCAAAGUAGGAAGAAAGUCCUUUGGAAAGUGUGGGGCUGAACCUGUGUAUGAGGGGCUGUACUGCCAGCCACUGUGGUUCUGCUCUGGGCAUCUCCCUGGCUUCCCAGGACUGUGUCCUGGGACUGGCCCCUGCCCCUCUAGGGGCCUCUGCCCACAGCCUUGCCAUCCCACUAGCAGCUCUGGGCUCCUGCCUGGCUGCUGCAGGCUCUGAGCUCUUUCCCCAGGGCAUUACGCUAGGCAGCCAGGAGGCUUGCAGGUGGGCACCCUGCCAAGUCUAGUCUGGUGGCCCCUCCACCUACCAUCUGGCAGCUGGGACCCCUGCCUUAACUCUGGACUUGGGGGCAGGGUGAGUGAUCUGCUACUGGAUUGAGUAUCUUCGGUCCUCCUAAUCAUACUCUACUGGAGCAGAGCACCCACGGACUCCUGGCCUCAGUUUCCUUUCUGUGCCCCUGCACCCCAUUUAAGGGGCGGGGUCGGCAGAUGGGCGGUAUAAGUGGCGAAGGUGGGAGGAGGACAUCGAGAGCAGCCCCUCCCCCUCCUCUGUCUGGAGCCGGUGCUCUGCGGCGGGGCGGGAGGGCUCGCAUCCCCAUAGUGCUGGGUUACAGUGAAGGUACGCCCCGCGCUCUGCUCUGGAGAGGCAGGGUGGGGUAGGGAACGUCUCGAGUGGCGCCCGCAGUCAUGGUGGUGUUCGUUGGCCGCCGCCUCCCGGCGCUCCUAGGGCUGUUUAAGAAGAAGGGCUCUGCCAAGGCUGAGAAUGACAAACGUCUAAGUGUAGGGCCUGGCCAGGGGCCAGGGUCUGCAGUGGAUGAGCACCAGGACAACGUCUUCUUUCCCAGUGGGCGACCCCCCCACCUGGAAGAGCUGCACACUCAGGCCCAGGAGGGGCUCCGCUCCCUACAACACCAAGAGAAACAGAAACUGAACAAGGGUGGCUGGGACCAUGGAGACACCCAGAGUAUCCAGUCCUCCCGGACGGGGCCGGAUGAAGACAACAUCUCCUUCUGCAGUCAGACCACAUCCUACGUGGCUGAGAGCUCCACAGCAGAGGACGCGCUCUCCAUCCGCUCGGAGAUGAUCCAGCGCAAAGGCUCCACCUUCCGACCCCAUGACUCAUUUCCCAAAUCUGGAAAGUCAGGGCGGCGUCGGCGGGAGCGGCGGAGCACUGUGCUGGGACUCCCGCAGCAUGUGCAGAAGGAGCUUGGCCUGCGGAAUGAGCGUGAGGCACCAGGCACGCCCCGGGCUCCUGGUGCACGGGAUGCCGUACGCAUCCCCACAGUGGACGGCCGCCCCCGAGGCACCUCAGGGAUGGGGGCCCGGGUGUCCCUGCAGGCACUGGAGGCGGAGGCGGAGGCUGGUGCUGAGACAGAGGCCAUGCUGCAGCGCCACAUUGACCGUGUCUACCGGGAUGACACCUUUGUUGGCCGGUCCACGGGCACCCGGGCCCCACCAUUGACCCGGCCCAUGUCCCUAGCAGUGCCUGGAUUGACAGGAGGGGCAGGGCCUGCAGAGCCCCUGAGCCCGGCCAUGUCCAUCUCCCCCCAGGCCACCUACCUGUCGAAGUUGAUUCCACAUGCUGUGCUGCCGCCUACAGUGGACGUGGUGGCCCUAGGCCGCUGCAGCCUGCGCACACUAAGCCGCUGCAGCCUGCACUCGGCCAGCCCAGCCUCCGUCCGCUCGCUGGGGCGCUUCUCCUCCGUCUCCAGCCCACAGCCCCGCAGCCGCCACCCAUCCUCCUCCAGUGACACCUGGAGCCACUCUCAAUCCUCCGACACCAUUGUGUCUGACGGUUCCACCCUCUCCUCUAAGGGUGGCUCUGAGGGCCAGCCGGAGAGCUCUACGGCUAGCAAUAGCGUGGUACCCCCUCCCCAGGGAGGCAGUGGGAGGGGCUCUCCCAGUGGGGGCAGCACUGCUGAGGCCUCAGACACACUCAGCAUUCGGAGCAGUGGGCAGUUGUCUGGCCGGAGUGUGUCCCUGCGUAAGCUGAAGCGGCCUCCACCCCCUCCCCGCCGGACCCACUCCCUCCAUCAGCGGGGCUUAGCAGUGCCUGAUGGGCCGUUAGGGUUGCCCCCUAAGCCUGAGCGUAAGCAGCAGCCCCAGCUGCCUCGGCCACCCACCACUGGUGGCUCAGAAGGGGCGGGGGCAGCACCCUGUCCACCCAACCCAGCCAACAGCUGGGUACCUGGCUUGUCUCCGGGUGGUUCCCGGUGCCCCCCACGGUCCCCAGAACGGACACUUUCGCCCUCCAGUGGAUACUCGAGCCAAAGUGGUACUCCCACCCUCCCUCCCAAGGGCCUGGCAGGUCCCCCUGCUUCCCCAGGCAAGGCCCAGCCCCCUAAACCAGAGCGUGUCACGUCCCUUCGCUCCCCUGGGGCCUCUGUCUCCUCUUCCCUCACGUCUUUAUGUUCCUCCUCCUCUGACCCAGCCCCCUCAGACCGCUCUGGGCCACAGAUAUUGACCCCCCUGGGUGACAGGUUUGUCAUACCUCCUCACCCCAAGGUGCCUGCCCCUUUCUCCCCACCUCCCUCCAAGCCCAGGAGCCCUAACCCAGCUGCCCCUGCUCUAGCCGCCCCUGCUGUGGUUCCUGGGCCUGUUUCUACCACUGACGCCAGUCCUCAGUCCCCUCCCACUCCCCAGACAACCUUGACUCCACUGCAGGAGUCUCCUGUCAUCUCCAAAGACCAGUCACCCCCACCUUCCCCACCCCCAUCUUAUCAUCCACCCCCACCACCCACUAAGAAGCCAGAGGUGGUUGUGGAGGCACCAUCUGCCUCAGAGACUGCUGAGGAGCCCCUCCAAGAUCCCAACUGGCCCCCUCCCCCGCCCCCUGCCCCUGAGGAGCAGGACCUGUCCAUGGCUGACUUCCCCCCACCAGAGGAGGCUUUUUUCUCUGUGGCCAGCCCUGAGCCUGCAGGCCCUUCAGGCUCCCCAGAGCUUGUCAGCUCCCCAGCUGCUUCGUCCUCCUCAGCUACUGCUUUGCAGAUUCAGCCCCCGGGUAGCCCAGACCCUCCUCCAGCUCCACCAGCCCCAGCUCCUGCUAGUUCCGCCCCAGGGCAUGUGGCCAAGCUCCCUCAGAAGGAACCGGUGGGCUGUAGCAAGGGCGGUGGGCCUCCCAGGGAGGACGUAGGUGCGCCCCUGGUCACGCCCUCGCUCCUGCAGAUGGUGCGGCUGCGCUCCGUGGGUGCUCCAGGAGGGGCUCCCACCCCAGCACUGGGGCCAUCGGCCCCCCAGAAACCACUGCGAAGGGCCCUGUCAGGGCGGGCCAGCCCAGUGCCUGCCCCCUUCUCAGGGCUCCAUGCUGCCGUCCGACUCAAGGCCUGCAGCCUGGCCGCCAGUGAAGGCCUCUCAAGUGCCCAGCCCAACGGACCGCCUGAGGCAGAGCCACGGCCUCCCCAGUCCCCUGCCUCAACGGCCAGUUUCAUCUUCUCCAAGGGCACUAGGAAGCUGCAGCUGGAGCGGCCCGUGUCCCCUGAGACCCAGGCUGACCUCCAGCGGAAUCUGGUGGCAGAACUCCGGAGCAUCUCAGAGCAGCGGCCACCCCAGGCCCCAAAGAAGUCACCUAAGGCUCCCCCACCUGUGGCCCGCAAGCCGUCUGUGGGAGUCCCCCCACCCGCCUCCCCCAGUUACCCUCGAGCUGAGCCCCUUACUGCUCCUCCCACCAAUGGGCUCCCUCACACCCAGGACAGGACUAAGAGGGAGCUGGCGGAGAAUGGAGGUAUCCUGCAGCUGGUGGGCCCAGAGGAGAAGAUGGGCCUCCCGGGCUCAGACUCACAGAAAGAGCUGGCCUGACCACCAGGCACCUCACUGGCACUGCUGACCCAUCCCAGAAACACAAUCUCAGGGACCCGAGCAGCUCCAAGGACGAGAGGAUACAGCAGACACAACCUAAUAGAGAGGGCGCCUGCAGCCUUAACCUCCACGGCCUUCGAUACUUAUGCAAGCCUGGUGUUGCUCCUGUCCUCCGAGUCAUCCCGCGCUCAUGCCUUUUCCCGAAUGGGUUCACCUCCGGCAGUUGCCGCUUCAGUCUUGGCCUUAGCCUCAUCUUGAAGGGGGUAGCUGGCGGGAGAGGGUGGCUGCGCCCCCUGCUGGCCCUGAGGCCGCAGAGUUGGGAGCAGGACACCUCACCUGAGUUUCAUUUUUUUUCAUGUCCAAACCAUGCACAUACUAUAGUCCAGAAUCAAAGCACUUUUGAAAAGUGGCUGCAUGGCCAUCCUCCAGGGCCCAGGAAGUUGCAUUCCAAGGGCCUGUUUACAUGGCAGCAGAAUCCAUCCCCGACAGUCAGCCCAUAGCUUGGGAUUGUGCCCUCCUGCCCAAUCCAGUUUACUCCUCUUGGUUCCUGAAGGUGGCCAAGUCAUUGUGUUCCCACAGGCUUCUCUAGGCUGGGGGCAGGUGUGGGGCUGUGGAAUUCCAAAGCACAAAAGGUGCAGAGGGGAUUGGCCUUCCUGUGCCUCAACUCACCAACCACCCUCCUGCCUUCCAGUUCUGCCAGGUGCUCCAUGCUGGGGACAAGUAGGAGACUGCCAGAGCCCAAAGAAAUGGGUGAGCAGUAGAGUCAUCUCGGGGCACUUGGCAGUGUCAAUCACCUGCCCCUUGCCUCCUUGACCACACUGGGGUGGGUGGGCCCCCAGCACUUCAGAGGCAGGAGCCUUUGGGCUGAGCAAGCACUGAGGAGGUGGAUGGAAGGGAGCAUCUGGAGGCGGGGAGCUUCCUUGAGCAGUGGGCUCAGGCCUGGCCCUCCACACUUCAUUCUCUGACCUUUCUCUCUCCUCGUUUCGGUGCAUGUCCUUUCUGCAGCUGCCUUUCAGCACAGGUGGUUCCACUGGGGGCGGCUAACGCUGAGUGACAAGGAUGGGAAGCCACAGGUGCAUUUUACUCAAGUCUUCCCUAGUCAGUGAGGGGCACCCAGUGCUUCUAGGGCAGGCUGGGUGGUGGUCCCCUAGGUAUCAGCCUCUCUUACUGUACUCUCCGGGAAUGUUAACCUUUCUAUUUUCAGCCUGUGCCACCUGUCUAGGCAAGCUGGCUUCCCCAUUGGCCCCCGUGGGUCCACAGCAGCGUGGCUGCCCCCCAGGGCCACCGCUUCUUUCUUGAUCCUCUUUCCUUAACAGUGACUUGGGCUUGAGUCUGGCAAGGAACCUUGCUUUUAGCUUCACCACCAAGGAGGGAGGUCGACAUGACCUCCCUGCCCCCUCACCAAGGCUGGGAACAGAGGGGAUGUGGUGAGAGCCAGGUUCCUCUGGCCCUCUCCAGGGUGUUUUCCACUAGUCACUACUGUCUUCUCCUCGUAGCUAAUCAAUCAAUAUUCUUCCCUUGCCUCUGGGCAGUGGGGAGUGCUGCUGGGUGUACGCUCCACCUGCCCACUGAGUUGGGGAAAGAGGAUAAUCAGUGAGCACUGUUCUGCUAGAGCUCCUGAUCUACCCCACCCCCUAGGAUCCAGGACUGGGUCAAAGCUGCAUGAAACCAGGCCCUGGCAGCAACCUGGGAAUGGCUGGAGGUGGGAGAGAACCUGACUUCUCUUUCCCUCUCCCUCCUCCAACGUUACUGGAACUCUAUCCUGUUAGGAUCUUCUGAGCUUGUUUCCCUGCUGGGUGGGACAGAGGACAAAGGAGAAGGGAGGGUCUAGAAGAGGCAACCCUUCUUUGUCCUCUGGGGUAAAUGAGCUUGACCUAGAGUAAAUGGAGAGACCAAAAGCCUCUGAUUUUUAAUUUCCAUAAAAUGUUAGAAGUAUAUAUAUACAUAUAUAUAUUUCUUUAAAUUUUUGAGUCUUUGAUAUGUCUAAAAAUCCAUUCCCUCUGCCCUGAAGCCUGAGUGAGACACAUGAAGAAAACUGUGUUUCAUUUAAAGGUGUUAAUUAAAUGAUUGAAACUUG